AACACUAUCGUCUCUCUCUCUCUCUCUCAAGCUUCUCUGCGUGCGAGUUGGUCAAACAACAGGUAAGUUGGUGGUUCUUCUCUAGAUCUAUAGUAAUACUAUGUUCGAAUCGACGAUUUCAUGUUCUCGAUGCGAAUUUGCAAUCCAGAAUAGAAAAUUUCAAAUCAUGUAAAAGCUUAAUCGUUAUGUGUGGUUAUCACUCGUUUCGAUUUGGUCUAGCUCCCUAGGUUUGAUCACGUUGAUGAAUCUGUAGAUUAGGGCUUUUAGUUGCUAAGUUUUGCAGGAUAGUGAAGAAGAAGAUGGAUCAUCAAAAUGGAUACGGUGUGGAAGUUACUGGUUUAUCACCAGCUGUCACUGAGAAAGAUCUCGUAGAAUUCUUCUCCUUCUCUGGUGCAGUUGAAGAUAUUGAUAUUGUCAAGUCUGGUGAGCAAGCGUGCACUGCUUAUGUGAUGUUCAAGGAUUCUUAUUCUCAGGAAACUGCUGUUCUACUCACUGGUGCAACGAUAUUGGAUCAGCGCGUUUGCAUCACUCGUUGGGGACAGCAUCACCAGGAGUUUGACUUCUGGAACGCGAGUUUUGAAGAUGAAGCUAACUCUCAUCGAGGCGAGUUCAACGCGGGAGAAGCAGUGACACAAGCUCAAGAAGUGGUGAAAUCAAUGCUGGCUACAGGGUUUGUGCUAGGCAAAGACGCUUUAACCAAAGCUAAAGCCUUUGACGAAUCCCACGGUGUAUCAGCUGCGGCAGCUGCUAGAGUAUCUCAACUAGACCAGAGGUUCGGUCUCGCUGACAAAAUCUUCGCUGGGGUUGAAGCUGUCAGAUUGACCGACCAGAAGUACCAUGUUUCAGACAAAGCCAAAUCAGCCGUCUCUGCCACGGGAAGAACCGCUGCGGCAGCUGCAACUAGCGUUGUCAAUAGCAGUUACUUCUCCAGCGGAGCUCUUUGGCUGUCCGGUGCGUUAGAGCGGGCGGCUAAGGCUGCCUCUGAUCUCGGCAGCCGUGGACCAAGGCAGUGAAUAGACCGACGAACUGAUCAGAACCGUAUUCGUAUUCGUAUUCGUAUUCGUCUGUGAUUGUGAAUAUAUAUGUGAUGCAAAGGUGAUCAUGAAUAAACUUACUUGCUUAUGUAUCAAAGUAUGUGCCACGUGAAUACAUGUGUAUAGAUUUGUCUU